AUGGAAACGAAUGGAAACGACUCGAACGAGAUCUUUGUCUACACUGGGCAGCCCAGAAGCGAAAUACCAGAGGAUGUUACUCAAGUUUCGGUUGCAGACUCGGUACAAAAGAUACCAGACCGUGCGUUUCAAGGCUGUGGAACGCUUGUCCUUGUUUCGAUCCCCAAGACUGUUGAAAAUAUUGGCGACUCUGCCUUUUCCCAAUGUCCCAGGCUGAAGAAGGUGGCACUUCAUAAAGGACUGAAGGUGAUUGGGUGCCAGGCAUUUUCGGUAUGUAGAUCGCUAGUGGAUAUUGACCUCCCGGACGGACUGGAACGAAUUGGGGCACGUUGUUUUUUAAUGUGUGUCUCGCUCCUCGACGUAUCCAUACCAACAACAGUGGAGAAGAUUGAAGAAGCUACCUUCUUUGCCUGCAAAUCCCUUGUCAGUGUAGGUCUUCACAAUCGGAUAAAUGGUAUUGGCGGUCAUGCCUUUGUUGACUGUGCUUCCCUCGUCGAGAUUGAUCUUCACGAAGGUCUGAAAAGUAUUGGCUAUGGGGCGUUUAGUCGUUGUAUUUCACUGAAUGCCGUUGCCUUUCCAUCCAGUUUGGAACUUAUUGCAUCUCAGGCCUUUUGUGAUUGUGCUAGUCUGCUCGGUGUUGAGAUUCCAGCUGAUACAAAGGGAAUUAAGGUUGGCAACGAUAGCUUUAGGGGCUGCAAAUCGCUGGUCACUUACUCCAUUUCAGAUGGCUCUUUACAGAAUUUCGCAGGCAAUCAUGGUAUUGGGGGACUUGAACUUUUGCACGUUGAUUGUACCGGUACAAGGACUAUUUGCCGUGACAGAUGGAGUGGCUUCCCCAUUCAUGAUUUAUGUUACCACUCUUCUCGCACUACAGUGGAAGAGCUUGCUGCAGCAAUCGACUCCUGUGAAUCGUUAGAAGAUUCCCUGGAAGAUGCGAUGGGCAUGACGCCAUUUCAUAUAGUCGCAACAUCCUCAAAACCUAGGGUCGAGAUUUUCCAGUGUCUACUAGACAGGUACUCUUUGGCGGCGCUGGAGUAUACAGACAAAUUUAGCCAUACAAUGAUGGAUUACUUGUUGAAGAAUCGAUCCAGCAAGGUUGUUCUUCUGAUACACUUAAUUCUUGAAACAGCCAUUGCGGAUCAAGUAUCUGGUUGGAGCCCAGUUUGGAAGGAUAGAUUCGGUCUGUCAGGACAAGAAAUUAGAUCGAUGAUUCGAAGUGACGAUGAUAUCACGGAGAGACGAAAACAAGUGUUACAGUUAUUGGAACAUGCGGGACAAUGCAUCAGAAAGGAAAUGAUCUCGCUACUGGAGCUAUCAUUGUGGAAGAUGAAGAUGGAUUCGGCAAACAUGUUAGGAUCGGUGGAUGAUUUCAGCACUCGUCGAGAAAGAUGUCGACUUCAAUGCGGCGCAGACAUUGUGGUUGACAAUGUUUUUGAGUAUUUGUUUGAUCGUGGGAAAGAAUCGAAGUGCUCUACUGCUUUGUCGGUGUGUCCACUUUGCUCUCUCACCAGUCUGGCAGCAGAGUGA